UGAGGUACUUAAGGAGGACGCGCUGCUGCCGGAUGGGAGAGAUUAAGUGAAGCUGGCCCUGAGAGGAGAGAUCAGUGAAGAAAUGCACGUGUCUGUAUCCGUGGUGCUCGUGCAGUCGUGGCCGCUGCUGCUGCUGCUGCAGUUUUGGCUGAGCGGAACAGGGGCAUGGGGAGCCCUGAAGAACGAUGCUACAGAGCUGAUAACAGAGUACACCGAGGAUACACCUCAUCCAGAAGAGCAGAGACCACCGCUCAGCAACAACACCAUGAACCAGGCGAAGAACGGGGGCAGGAGGCCCUCAGCUAACAGCCCCACAUACGGAGUGUCUGAGGUGAGCUGUCGAGAGCUGCGCUCCACUCGAUACAUCGCCGACGGCUCCUGCCGUAGUGCCAAGCCAGUGAAGGAACUGGUGUGUUCUGGCCAGUGCCUGCCUGCUCACCUCAUGCCCAAUUCCAUCCUCCGGAGCAAGUGGUGGCGCAGCAGCGCAUCCGACUACCGCUGCAUUCCGGCCCAUUCCCGCACCCAGCGUAUCCAGCUGCAGUGCCCCAACGGCCAGAGCCGGACCUACAAAAUCCACGUGGUGACCUCCUGCAAGUGUAAGCGCUUCACCCGCCACCACAACCAAUCAGAUGCCAAGGAACCAUCCCAAAAAACGCGGCGCAACAAGAAGCAUGCACGCCUUCAGCAGGCGCGGGGCCGGAGCAGAGAGCCGACUAUCAGCAGCAACUCCUACUGAGAAGGAGGCCCUCUCUCUAUGUGAGCUUAUACGAAGACUGUCUCCACACACGCACACAUACUCACACACACAUUAUCAUAUACUGCCAAGUCCCAAUGCAAGGGGAAAAAGAUUGAGCAAAAAGGAUUAUGUUUUAUGGACUGAAGCAUUGAACUCUUGAAUUUUCCGCAGUCAAUGAAGCUAUUAAGCGAUCAUCCAGUCAGUUUUCAAGUCUCCAGUAUGUUUCAAGAUGCCUCACAGUUUGCAUGACCCAUUCAGCCUCAAUAAUUCCAAAUAACAGAGAUGUUUGAUUACAGAAUUCCAGAGGACUUUAUUGGACUUUUGCUUGAAAGGAGGUACGUUGUUGUGGGAGAUUAGUGUAGAGCAGCCGAUGACCGAUGAUAUUCCUGCGGAGGGCCUCUCUGACCCAGUCCGAAAUCAGUUCCCUUUCCUGAAGUUCACUUAAAGGCUAGUCAAGAUGAACAUCAAUACCAAAGUUAACCACCAUCAACAUGACCAAAUCCACCACCAGCGGUGCUGCGAACUUGUGGCCGAGGUGAAUGUUUGUAUAGCUGAAAUGAAGUCAUCACUUUUGGGGGCAUGGUGUUGCAGCUUAUGAUCCAGCUGCCCAGGGCUGCUGGGCUCGGGAGACGUCUGGCUGAUGACAUGUUGCCGAGAUCCAGCAUUUUUAACCCUGGAGCUCCUCUGACAGGCUGACAGCCAGCCACCAGAAUUCCCACAGCCUUUACCUUUCCAGAAGAACCGUUAUAGGAGCUGUCAGCUGGAGCCAAGCCCACUGUCAGGAACAGAGAGUGGGAACAGUUGUGUCAGUGCUGAGUCCCUUAGGGCCAAGAGCACAAAAUGGUAUUCCACUGACUUGUCCCAAUUACUAAAAAGUCCCAUUCCUGUGUUUAGGAUUUGAGCCAUAAAAAGCCAUUUCCUCUAGACGCGGUCAGUUCCUGUUUGUUUGAAUAGCAGAAAAGGGGCCCAUAUGUGUCUAGGAAUCUGCAACUAUUGGGCCUGUUCAUACCUUGGGGGUACAAUACUUCUCUAGACCCCGCCUUCCCUGGAAACCAUUUGGAGCUUCUUGGUCAGUUGCAGUAACUAGGUGGUUUUAAUGGUUAUCUAAGUGUAAUAAGCUUUUAAUGGAAGGAUAAUAAAGCACCAAUCAGGAUAUAAAACUACAUGUUAAUAUUAUGUAAAAGUUCAUGUAAAACUAUCAGCCUAAUCAUUAUGAAAAUGAAUAUUUUGCUUAUAUAUAGUAUAUUUAAGCAAGAAGGUGUCUGAGUGAGACAUUUGAGAUGGAAUGAAAUGUCCUUGAAAAUGUGAAACGUGAAAAAUGGCAUGCAUGUAGUGACUGGAGCUGCCCAAAAAAAGAAUUGAUUCAUAAAACAUCCUGAUGGGGUUUUUAACAUCCCUACUGAAGCAAGGAGACCAGACAAAAUGAAAUACUGAACUGAACUCUAAAUGUGAGUGCAUGUUGAUAUUAUGCAGGAUGUACAGUAGGAGAACUCUGGAAUCCAGACAUUUUUGUCUCCACGUCCAGCAGACAUGUAACGAAGAAUAUUCCACUGGCUUCCGCACAUUGUUCAACUCCACUGUUUUCUCCCCAUGGCGUCCCCAUCUCUGUCUUCUAAACAGUACUGACCAUGUUUGCUUCUUUUUCAAUUGUCUGUUUGAAAUAGAAACUGGAAGGGAUUUUUUUUCUCCAUGUAAGCAGAAUUGUCAUGUAUAGCCUGAUUGUACAUACUGUACCUUCGUGGUCUCAUGAAGCAAAAGCCCUCCAAAUGACUGAAUGCUCAACGGAGCGAUCCCCUGAGAGGGACUCCUUCAAAGAAAGAACUGUAUAUUUAUUUUUUAAUGUCAACAUUUAAAUUAUUUAUGCAGCAUUUUUUUUUUGUAGAAAAUAGCCAUUAUUGUACUAUAUAAAAUAAUAGUGAAUUUCCUAACAAAAAGAGAACAUGAAUAAAGUAAAGUAUAUGAGAAA